AUGGAGAUAUUCAAGUACUACGAACAGUACAAAAGCUUCGGAUAUGGUAAAACUGAUGAAGAUGACCCCCCACACAGCAUCCUUGAGGCAAGGAUCCCAACACAGUUGACAUCGAUUCAAAUGCAGGUUCUGCCUUUCUCUGUAUGCAAGUGGAGAGUUUAUGCUCUGGCAGAAUUAGUUACAAGUGAUAUGGUCUUGCAAGAUCCAAAAUAUCAGGAGUUGCAACAUAAAAACUGCACCAAGGAAUGGGUUACCAAGGAUGCACAUCAUUACCUCUACAUCAGGAUGUUGUCAGAUUCAGAUGAUAAAAUUACCAAAGGAACCAAGGAAGUAUUGAAAAUCACUUCAGAAGAAAGAAUUACAUCGCUGGGAUUUGUUGUGAAAACCUUGCAAAAUCCUGAUUCAAAAAAAAAACUUACGUGCAAAGAACAAGCAAAAAUGAUCAAAAAAGCAGUUUUGGAUGUGAAAGAAGACAAGAAUUACUUGCAGGAAAUUAAAAUACUUCUUACAUCAACAGAGGACUUUGGCAUAUUACUAGCACAUAAGGAAUCAAAGAAAAAAGUGCAGGGACCCAACAAAUUGCCAAAAUUUUAUGACAAUAUUCGUGGUAAAAAGAUGUGCCCAUGGAAGAUAGUCAGAUACACGAGGCAGUCAGAUUUGGGGUUUAAAGUCACAGUGGUAGCACAAAAGGAAGACGUGGCAGAUGUUAUGAAAAAGAUCCUUUCAGAGAGUAAACUAACAUUGACUGGGCACAUCAGAGCACAGGGAGCGUCUGGAGGCUUCCAUGGUAACCAAUUUCUUACUGGGCCCCAUGAAGAGAAUACAACGCAGGGUGCCACUGGAGGCCACCAUGGUAACCAAACUGAUUCUAGGCACCUUGGGGAGAGUACAACACAGGGUGCCACUGGAGGCCACCAUGGUAACCAAACUGAUUCUAGGCACCUUGGGAAGAGUACAACACAGGGUACCACUGGAGGCCACCAUGGUAACCAAACUGAUUCUAGGCACCUUGGGAAGAGUACAACACAGGGUGCCACUGGAGGCCACCAUGGUAACCAAACUGAUUCUAGGCACCUUGGGAAGAGUACAACACAGGGUGCCACUGGAGGCCACCAUGGUAACCAAACUGAUUCUAGGCACCUUGGGAAGAGUACAACACAGGGUGCCACUGGAGGCUACCAUGGUAACCAAACUGAUUCUAGGCACCUUGGGAAGAGUACAACACAGGGUGCCACUGGAGGCUACCAUGGUAACCAAACUGAUUCUAGGCACCUUGGGAAGAGUACAGCACAGGGUGCCACUGGAGGCCACCAUGGUAACCAAACCAAUUCUUGGUUCUUAACCUCUGGACAAAUGAGUGUAAAUAAGAACAAAACUCUGCAUAUCCAGGACACACAAACUCCAGAUCCAUUGCAGCUCGAUCAGCAACAAAAGAGCAAAUAUUCUCAUGUUGAUGACAUGGAUAUAUUCAAGUACUACGAGCAGUACACAAGCCUAGGAUACGGUAAAACUGAUGGGGGAGAUAACUCUGGGAAACAGACAAAGAGCUGUACCAUAGAAGUACACGGGCUAGACAAGCAAACAUCCGAUGACACGGUUGAACUCUACUUUGAAAGCAAAAGAGCAGCAGGUCAGCCUGUUGACAUUGAACAAUUUGAUACUUCAAAACGAAAGAAUGAUGGAGUCGUCUUCAUUACGUACAAAACUGCAGAAGUCGCACAACUUGUUCUUGAGAGACAACACACACUGGAAAAAUCCCCUUUGACUGUGAGGCUCUUUACGGGAUUAGAACCUGGACCUUCUCAGUUUUACCAGAAAAAGAUUUUCUUCAAGAACAUGAGCCAGACCACAACAAGAAAAGGGCUCAAGAGUUUUCUGAGGUCAAAGAUUCAGGUGUCACCAACAGAAUUUCUAUUUGGAAAAGAAGACGGCACAGUCUUGGUUACAUUUGAUGUCGCCCCAGAUUUUGAAAAAGUGGAGCAAGCUUGUCAGAAGUCCUCGUUGGAUAAAUGUUUUCUGGAGGUUAAAAGAGUUCCAGUCUCUCCGAGUAUCCUGGUCAGUGGUGUUAGUGAAAAGACAACCUUGUCUACGCUGGAAUUUUACUUUGAAAAUACCCGUAGAAGUGGAGGUGGUGAUGUCACUGAUGUCAAAGAAAUAUCCAAUCGAACGUUUGUCAUCUCGUUUGAGGAUUACACAG